AUGAAAAAUCGCUUCACUCUUGUGGAUGUGAUCGCGGCGACCGCCGAGCUCAAAAAGCUCAGAGGUAAACGAGAAUGAUAGGAAAUUGAGUGAAAUCUGUGAAUUUCUACAAACUUUGCCGCAAAAGUGCACUUUUUUUUUCUCGGAGAGCCGUCUCAAAAUCGCAGCCCCCAAAAUGAGCAGAAUUUCGGUGGAGCGCACUUGCACACUCCACAAAUUGUUUGCAGGAAUGCGUGUGAACAACGUCUACGAUAUCGACAACAAGACCUAUUUGAUCAAGCUCUCCAGGUAGCGUAAUAAUCCAAAAAAUGCUGGCCACGCCUCGUUUUUUGCAAAGCUGCCGCACAGAAAUGAAGAAAAAGAGGCGUGGCCUGAAAAAUACAUGUCUUGUUUGCAGACCCGACGAAAAAGCGGUGAUAUUGUUCGAGUCGGGCGUUCGUCUCCAUCAGACGUUCCACGAUUGGCCCAAGUCGCAGACGCCUUCCUCAUUUUCGAUGAAAUUGCGGAAGCAUAUCAAUCAGAAGAGGUUCGAGCGAAAUUAGACCGAAAAUACACUAGAAAUCGGUCAUUUUUCUAGUAUUCGAGCAAAUUCCGCGUAUUUUCAUUAAAAAGUCGAAAAUUUCUUUUCAAACGCAAAAACCCUCGAAAAUCCACCCGGAUACUGUUUUAAAGGCGCACAGUUUUUUUAUUGUUUAAAGGAUUCUGCAUCUAAAAAUGUCAAUUUCCAUUCAGAUUGACCGAUAUCCGCGUGGUGGGCUUCGACCGUCUCGUCGAGUUGACAUUCGGCACGGAAGACCGCGAGAACCGUCUGAUCGUGGAGCUGUACGAUCGCGGAAACGUGGUCCUAACCGACCACGAACUCACCAUCCUCAACAUUUUGCGCGUGCGCACCGACAAAGACACUUCGGUGCGAUGGGCGGUCCGCGAGAAGUACACUUUUCCGGAAACUGCCGAGAAAUCGCGAGAAUUCUCGAGAGAAGACCUCGAAAAGGCGAUUGCGGCAAUUCCGGAUGGAAAGGAGGAGCAGCUGGGACGGCUAUUCGGCGGACUGACAAAGUGCGGAAAUCCGAUAACGAAGGAGAUUUUGACGGGGUGCGGACUGCGGGCGGAGGCCAGAAUUCGGAGCGGAAACGACGGAAAAGGACAGGAAUAUCUGGAGGAAGUGUGGCAGAAGUUCGAGCAAGUACAGAGGGCCGCCGAGGGCAUUUGGGAGAGCGUCGAGCUGAAACCGCAGGGAUUCAUCUCGUACUCGGAGGUGCACAGCCAGGCACCCGGCGCCGCGCCCAUUCAGAUUUAUCAGGUUCGUCUCGUGUUCCAGAACUAUACAUUUUCUCGGAUCUUUGUUCUGGAUUUGAAAAUGGAAUAGAUUUUUUCCAAAAAAAAGGUUAGCUUACCACUUUGUGUCAUCUAACUAUCAAGGAACAUAGUUUUUCACACUCGUAACAAGGUUCUGAUCGAAAAUUGAAUUUUUCAAAGCGUUGAGCUACUUCUUUUCCUCAAUUUUUGACCCAAUUCAAUCAGGCUAUUUUUUUGCCGACAAUAAAGACAUUUCACAUGAUUUUUCCAGGACUUCAACCCGAUCGCGAUGCCGUUCACCGCCAAACUCACCAUGCAAACGUCGUCAUUCUGCGAGGCGGUCGACGAGUUUUACUCGCGAAUCGAAACGCAAAAACAGGAGCAAAAGGCGAUGAAUAUGGAAAGACAGGCGCUGAAAAAGUUGGAAAAUGUGGAGAGGGACCAGAAAGAGCGAAUCGAAGCGCUGGUGCUGACACAGGAAGAACGGGAACACAUGGCCAACCGAAUCAUUUUGAAUCAGGAAUUGAUCGAAAAGGCGCUAUUGUUGAUCCGUUCCGCACUGGCCAAUCAGUUCUCGUGGGCCACCAUCGAAGAGAUGCGAAAAACGGCGGCGGCGAACGGGGACCCGGUCGCCAGCGCGAUUUGUGCGUUCAAAUUCGAGAAUAACGAAUUUACAAUGCUUUUGGCGGAUCCGUACGAUCGGGACGCGCCCGCUCUCCGCGUUCCCAUCGACAUUUCGAUGAAUGCGUCGAAGAACGCGCAACGUCAUUUCGUCGACAAAAAAUCGGCGGCGGAGAAGGUGAAAAAGACGGUCGCCUCGUCGGAGAAGGCGAUCAAGAAUGCGCAGGAGAAGGCGAAGAGCACUCUGGAGCAAGUGCGGGUCGUUGUGGAGGUGAAGAAGAGCCGCAAGGCGAUGUGGUUCGAGAAGUUUCGCUGGUUCGUCUCGUCCGAAGGAUACAUUGUCGUCGCCGGACGCGAUGCGCAGCAGAAUGAGCUGCUCGUUAAAAAGUAGGCAUUUCUCGGCGGUUUUCUAGAAGAAAUGAGCGAAAAAUGUAUUGGUGUCCAAUCAGUUGGCUUAACUGUUAGCUGUGCAUAAUAGAGCGUACUUAAAUUCUUUCAGAUACCUGCGAAACGGCGACAUUUACGUGCACGCGGACGUGCGCGGCGCCUCCUCUGUGAUCAUCCGCAACAAAAGCCUAGGCGGCGCGACAGAGAUCCCGCCGAAGACGCUGACAGAGGCGUCGCAGAUGGCGGUGUGCUACUCGAAUGCGUGGGAGGCCGGGGUGACUGCGGCGGCGUGGUGGGUCCGGCACGAUCAGGUCUCGCGGACGGCGCCGAGCGGAGAGUACCUGCCGUCCGGCUCGUUCAUGAUCCGCGGAAAGAAGAACUUCAUGCCGCCCAGCCAACUCGUCAUGGGAUUGGGAAUCUUGUUCCGCUUGGACGAGGAGAGUGCCGAGAGGCAUGCGGAAGCGGAAAAGGGAAAGGAAAUUGUGGAGGAGAAGGAGCAGAAGGAGCAGAAGGACGGCGACGAAGAGUUCCCCGAUGUUCAGGUACUCUUUUGUUACUUAUGCGGACAAUGUUCGUUGUGUUCAGGUGGCGAUCGGGCGGGCGUCAAUUGAGGACGAAGAGCUGACGCUCAUCGAAAUCGGUCCCAAAAACGGUCCGGUGCAGGAGAAGAAGCCGGUGAAUGCGAAGGAAACGACGAAAAAGUAUUUGGAGGAGAAGGCGCAGGCGGAAGAACCGCUCGUCGGAUCGAGUGCACGGACUCAGAAACGGAGAAUGCGGAAGGAGAAGCUGGUGAAGCAAAAGUACCGGGAUCAGACAGAAGACGAUCUGGAACUGCACAAGGAGCUGCUGAAACCGGAGGGUGCGAAACCGAAGCCGGAAGUGCAAAAGAAGGAGGAGAAGAAGCCGGAGCCGGCGGAAUUUGUAAAGAAAGAGCCGCGGAAGCCGAAGACGGAGGAGCGGAACGAGCAAGAGGAGCACGAGGGAAACGAGGAGGAGGAGGACAGGGAAGCGGCAGCCGAAGAGGCCGGCCUUCUCGGCAGUCUUACCGCACAGCCACUCGACUCGGACACCCUGCUCUUCGCAGUGCCCGUCGUCGCACCGUACUCGGUACGGACAGUUUUGAGUUUGUGGGAAAAGUGACGCACGCACCUGUAAUCUUCAAAUCGAGAGAUCGUACUAAGCGACGUUUUGAUUGCAGAGGGGUACGGAGAAUAAAUACUUUUUUCAAAGGGGAGUGCAGAACAAGAGUCUCCGGCGUCUCCUUUCGGUAAUUUGUAAUUUUCAGACUCACUUUUUUGCAAAAUCUGCUUCAAAAAAGUAUAUAUCGAAAAACGUUAAAUUUCCCUAUUCCAGGCGCUCGCCACCUACAAAUAUCGCGUCAAAAUCACUCCGGGAAUCGGAAAACGCGGAAAAGCGACGAAAUCGGCCAUCGAACUGUUUACGGUAAGAAUGUUUUGGUAGAAAACUGGGCUGGGCAAAGGAUUGGCCCAGGCUUUUUGCGGCCUGGACUUUUGAUCCGCAUGCAAUAAUCAAUGUGCCGAUCGGACCCAAACUUUGCAGGCUUCGUGGACUUGGAUUGAAGUAUACUGGGGCCAAGUUACAAACUGAUCGGAUUAUCUGGUCCCGAGAUAUACAGGUUUAAGGCCGAAAAUACCUGGGGACCGGAUAAUCGGAUUGGUCUGAAACUUGGACUCAAAAUACUUCAAUCCAAGACUGCAAAGUUUGGAUCCGAUUGGAUCAUUGAAAGUGGGUCAAUAGUCCAGGCCUCAAAAAGGCAUAAAUGUGCCGAGCCCCGAAGUAAUUGAGAAAUGAACGCCUCAAAUUUUCAGCGUCAAAAAACGGACCGUCAAGCGGCGCUCAUCAAAUCGUUGCUGUCGGACGACUCGGCGUCGCGCAACUUGCCCACAAAAGUGCGCAUUUCGGCGCCACAACUUCAUGCAAAAUAA